AGGUGUUGCAGCUUUAGGCCACAAGUCCCGGUGUCAGCAUUCAGGCCUCCAUACUUCCUCUCCAUAACUUCUCAAACUCACUUAUUUUAAGGAAAGAAAUCCAACAACAUGCAACCAGAAGUCCUGUGAUCUGAUUGGUUUUUAGGUGUGGGGUUGUUGUGGUGGUUGUCAGUUCCUGUCCUGCAUGCAGCUCACCAGCAGCUGCAUGUCUUUGUGCUGGAGACGUGUUGUGCAUCUCUUUGUCUUUAUAUUAUAUGAAAACACCUGGAAGCUUCUCUUUGUCAUGUCUAUAAAGGUUAAGCAGGGAUGUGUGUGCAGAGAGACGGUUGUGAUUCAGAUGAGUGUUGUUUCAAAGAGAAACAUCCGACAGGACGGAGGUCAUUAAAUGAGAUGAAAAUGAAAACAGAUGUCACUUAUAACCAGCUGGUGGAUGUGGAGUGGAGGAGGCAAGAAUCCAGCAAGAAAGCACAAGUGUACGCCAGGUGUUUGAUCGUUCUGGCCUCCAUGGCCUGCAUGCUCAUGGCUGCCAUGGCCCUCUACAGCCUCCUGACCCCGGUGGCCUCCCCGUCUGGUCCUGCUCCGAUCAUCUGCCGCCUUGAGGAGAAGGCCAGGUCCUGCUCAGACCCCUGCAAGAUCGUGUUGGUGGAGAGCAUCCCUGAAGGGCUGGAGUUUAACUCCAGCUCUGUUAACCCCUCCAUCUUCCAGGCGUGGAUCAAUCUGAUGGAAGAGGCGCGCAGCAGCGUCGACAUUGCCUCCUUCUACUGGACGCUCACUAACAAUGACACCAAGACUCAUGAGCCAACGGCGUAUCAGGGUGAGGCCGUUCUGACGAGGCUGGCUGAGCUCUCAGGGAAGUUACAUGUUCGUAUUGCAGUGAACACACCACAGCAGCGUCAACCACAAGACGACCUCCGACUGCUCAACGACUCAGGAGCCGAUAUCAGGACGGUUAACAUGAGAGCUCUCACAUCGGGCGUCCUUCACACCAAGUUCUGGGUUGUAGAUAAGAAGCACCUUUAUAUCGGGAGCGCCAACAUGGACUGGAGGUCCCUCACACAGGUGAAGGAGCUGGGCGCGGUGGUCUACAACUGCAGCUGUUUGGCUGCAGACCUCGGUAAGAUCUUUGAAGCAUAUUGGUUCCUGGGGGAGAGUCAAUCGAUCCCGUCACCAUGGCCGUCCAGCUUCUCCACUCUGUACAACAAGGACACGCCCCUGCAGCUGCCACUCAACGGCACACCGUCCAGGGUCUAUCUGUCGAGCUCCCCUCCAUCCUUCUGUGCAGCUGGCAGAACUCCAGACCUUCAGUCCGUCCUCAGCGUGAUGGAAGACGCCCAGAGCUUCAUCUACAUCGCUGUCAUGAACUACCUGCCAACCAUGGAGUUUUCACAUCCUAAAAGGUACUGGGCCGACAUCGACACCCAGCUGAGACGAGCGGCGUACGAGAAGCGGGUCAAAGUGCGGCUGUUGAUCAGCUGCUGGGCCAGCACUCAGCCAGUCAUGUUCCCGUUCCUGAAGUCUCUGGCAUCGGUUCACGAUCCCAAGAGCAAACUGGACAUCCAGGUGAGGUUGUUUGUGGUGCCUGCCAACCCCAGACAGAAAGAGAUUCCCUUUGCAAGAGUUAACCACAACAAGUACAUGGUGACGGAUAAGGUUGCAUACAUAGGUACAUCGAACUGGUCAGGGGACUACUUUGUGAGCACAGCUGGCUCAGCGCUGGUCGUCAACCAGACGGCGUCUGAGUCCCCGGAGCCAAGCGUCCAAUCGCAGCUGAAGGCCGUCUUUGAGCGGGACUGGGAGUCAGAAUACAGCACUCCUCUCACACCGGGUUCAGACCACAAAGACCUCUGUUAGCUCGCAUAUCAGUGCUGGAUUUGCACAUGUUGCACAUGUUAGCUGAGACAGCUGCUCACACAGGGGAUAUGGAAACUCCAGAUUUAAAAAAAAAAAAAAAAGGCGACGUCUCAGCUAAGUAGAAUCCUGUUUGCCAAGUAUCAGUCUGCUUUCCUGCUCACCUCCUUCAUCAGAGAAUAAAGUGCUGCCAGCCCCUUUCGGACAGACCUCAGAGGAUGGUCCGGCGGUACGAUGCUCUGAUGGAUUGUCAUAUGAGAACAAAACUAAAGUUAGCAGUCGGGAUGUGCAGCAACAUCCUGUCAGCGCUGAUGAAUCAGCACGUCACAGACGUGUAUGUUUAACCUUGAAUUGAUUUCAUUGUGUGGUUUCUGUCACAUACUGCCAGUGACUGAAGUUGCUGCUCCAGCCCUGCAGUAGGGUCGGUACAGGCUGUAGUAGCUGGUUCCCAUACUCACUCAUCACAUCUUCAGCCUCAAAGGGAGAUUGUUUUUAUCCCCGUUCAUCUCAGGGACAAAGUUUUGACUCUUUUCAUUCUUCAAGUUUGCUAAAAUUUGACAUACUUGAUGCUCAGACCGUGCUUGUAUUUCUGGACUGUUUUCUAAUAAAUUCAUGUAGUCUGUAGGGCAAACAGUGUAUUCAAAGUUUGCAGGCACUAAGUAAUCAUUAACUAUUAUUCCACUGUGUGGAAGUGAUUUAAGAUGCAAAUACAGUUGUCAUGGCGACUGCCCAGAGAAGCCAGACUAGCAGCAGCAUGCUUCUAAAACUGCUUUGCAGCAGUUGUGCACAUCUUCCUCCUCUCAUGGAAAAUGGAAAUGUCAUGUUUAAUAAAAAGGGUUUUGAAUCAAA